AUGCUAAGGGCAACAUAAGAACAUAUUAUUCAUGUAGACUUAUUUAAAAUCAUUCAUCCUUUCAAUUAAAGACUCUAUUAUUUAAGAUUUAUAGUUAAAUCUAAUGGUGAGUAAGCCAUUCCUUAUAUUUAUUAUGAAACCAAUCAUAAUAAAAAAGAAUCUUAGCAAAACCCAUUCAAAUUGAUGAAUAAUACUUUUAAACUAAAAAAUUUAUGA